GUGAUGCACCUGUUUCUGCAAACACUAGCACAGGUAUAUUUAACUAUUUCAGCACUGGAACAUUCAGAUAAUGACCUCAUUUGAGCAACAGGGACAAUCACCUCCUCGCUGCAGCCCUCAGUUUCCCAGCAUUGGUCAAGAACCUCCAGAGAUGAACAUGUACUGUGAAAAUUUUUUUCAUCCACAGAAUAUUCCUAGCCCACAGAGACCUUCAAACUAUGAUAUUGGGGACUAUAGCACAGCUCCUAAUCCCUACUUGUGGCUAAAUGGGUCUUCCAUCAACCCAUCACCCUACCUUUCAGGCUCUGGUUCUUCCCCAUUCAUCCCCCAGUCCUAUGGGAUGCAAAGACAGUUGCUGCCCAACUCACAUGGGAUUGGUGGUAGUGAUCUGAGCUGGUUCCCCAUACCCUCCCAAGAAGAGCUGAUGAAGCUGGUGCGACCACCGUACUCUUAUUCUGCGCUGAUUGCCAUGGCAAUCCAUGGUGCACCAGAUAAACGACUUACACUCAGUCAGAUCUACCAGUAUGUGGCAGACAAUUUCCCGUUCUACAACAAAAGCAAAGCAGGAUGGCAGAAUUCCAUCAGGCACAACUUGUCCUUGAAUGACUGCUUCAAGAAAGUCCCAAGAGACGAAGAUGAUCCAGGUAAAGGAAAUUACUGGACGCUGGAUCCAAACUGUGAAAAAAUGUUUGAUAAUGGAAACUUCCGCAGAAAAAGGAAACGAAAGUCAGACAUCACUCCUGGCUCAGGAGGCACUGUGAAAUCAGAAGAGGCACCAAUGAGUGGCAGCCCCAAAUCCACAGUCAGUCAAAGGGCACUAGAAGACUCCUCUCCCAGCUCUGACAGCUCUCCAGAGAAGCGAUCCAGUCCACCUUCCUCUACUCCAUGUCUCAGUAACUUCCUCUCCAGUAUGACUGCUUAUGUUAAUGGGCCCAAUUCAGUCAGCAGACUCAUGCCUCUUGGAUUAGGGGCUGAUACAUCACAAAGGAUGGGACAGAGUAUGGUGGGUUUCAACUCAUACCCCCCUUCCUCCAAUAUUCCUAGUCAUACAGGACCAGAGUGGUCAACUUCAGUGUCACCAGGUCACCUUGGCUACAGCAGUUCAGUUCUAAACCAGUUCAACAGCCAGUUCUACAACACCAUUGGUACAAACAGUGUUCUAUAUCCCAGGGAAGGAACAGAGAUCUAAACAGAGAAUUAAAAGUAAGAACUACUACUGCAGGGAAUAUGAACAUUGUGAUUGGUUUCCUAUAUAGUCCUUGCUGACUCAAUCUCUUUGUGUAUGCUUAGCUGAAAUACACUGUACAUUCACCAGAGGUAUUCAACAUUUUAACAUGUUACUAUCCUUUUGUCUGUGUGCGCAACUUUAAUAAAAACUUUUAAAAUUAAUUACCUUUGUGCUACAAAGGUAACAAAAACUGUUUACAUGUAAAAAAAAGUAUUAGUAUAAUGGAAUUCUUUCCGUGAUGAAAGAAAUGUGUAAUCAAUUAAACCGAAUAAAAAUGUAGAACUUCAAAACUCUAGCCAUAAACAGUGCCUGUACGACUCUGAGCACAAGUGAUCCCUGUGUUUUUAGUUCAGGAAUAAAUGUAAUAAGUUUGCUUACACUACUGGUUAAUAAUAACAGGCUUGUAUAUGUCAUGGGUUAAAUACAUAACACACUGAUGAAGAAAAUGCAUUUUUUUAGAUAAAGCCAAUUGUGCACCCCAUUGCGAAAUAAAGCAAGGUAUGAGGAAUAUAUUAUUGAUGUUCUACAGUCUGAGCUAAUUUGAGACAUGGUUUCAGUUGUUAGUGGCUUAGUCUCUUUUUCACCCCAUACUGUGAUGAUGUAACAAGGCAGAAUGGCCACUACUACUACAUUUGAAAUGUAUUUCUUAAACUUUAUGUUUAAAAGACAACUUUGUUUAUAGUUAAUCCUAAACUGAUGAAGAACUCACAUUUCCUUGAUGAAAAACAUUAGUUCCUAAGAAUUUGGACAGAAUUUUGAUAAUUUACAGAAUACAGAGGAGAGGAUAAUGUCAUCUACCAUGAAGGCAGCUUGAAUCUAGUACUAUUACUGUUGUUAUUUUAGCUGUACAAGGAGGCACUAUUGCAUUAAAUUGAGGCAAAGAUGAAGGAUGGAAUAAUGUGCAUGCGUGUACAAGGACCACACAGCACAUGCCAAGGUGUGAAUUCAUUUACAAGGACGUCUGCCUAUUUCCCAAGCCCACUGAAGCACUCCUUCCAUCAGCACUGCAGGGUUCUAAUGCACAGCUGCAGAACCUUAGUGCCUCUCAUACCAUGGCAUUACAGUCAGCUAAUCCAUCAUCCUUCAUGCCCUGUCACAUAGGGGUACUCAGCUGGUAUCCUUCUUACAUGAACUGGAAGCAGACAAAGGUUGCAUUCUAGCACUGCCACCACUGUUAAUGUGCAUUCAAUCAGAAGCUGCACCUGUUUAUUUACCUGUACCUUUUCCUGUCUACUUUCUGUAGUGCUAAAUGUCUGCAAAGUGAUAUGUGGCGUAUGCAAGAGUGUCUUUAGUGCACAGGAUGCACUGUAACCCAAAUGAGAAAUGCAGGAAUCUCCUCAAGAAAGCCAUCUUAAAGGCUGAUUGACACAUGGUUGAUCUCACUAUAAAGGUACAUUAAAUUGUACAAUUGCCAAACUGCAUUUAUUCCCCCUGUAACAACCAUCUCAAUAGUUAUUAACUGGUGUGCACUUACAGAAAUCAGAGGCAUCACAUACAAGCAAGCAUAUACCUCUUAAAACAACAAUAUCUGAAAAACAAAGAGAAUGUUAUUAUUUCAAGUAGGUUGAGUUUUGUCAUGCUGCUUAUAUUUAUGUUUUAUAAUCUUUUGUGUAAUUGAUGAAGUAUCAGCAAUUGACCUACAAUGUUUGGUCAUUUCCAAACUGCUUCUUCAUACAUACUUCUGCUAUAAGAAGUCACUCACCUUCCAACUUUUACAAAAGUGAGGUAAGCAACCUAUAUCCAAGUGUGCAAUCUUGUUAUUUGUGCAUAUACAGUUUCUACAGCUACCAAUCAGGUAGUCCUGCAAGGUUGACUACAGAUUCAGUGAAGGGACUAGUAAUACAAGAGAAAUGCCAAAAUCUCUCUGUCUGUCUGUCUAUCUGUCUGUCUCUCUCUCUCCCCUUUCUCUACGCUGGUGUCCAAUGGCAAACUGAUGGAAAUAUGAAGUACUUUCCCUUUUGGGUAACAUUUAUUUGAAAACCAUAGAUUCAUUUUUUACUUUAUAAAUAUCUGAUAUGAGUCUUCUUAGUAAGACAAAAGGUGUAAAAAGGAACAAUAUGUUUUGCAGUAAAACCUCUUCUGUCUUCAUUUAUUAUAUUUUUUCAAGUUUGUAAAUUAUUUAAAAAAUGUCUGCUGUCCACGUGGAAGGAAUAUGUACAGAUUAAAAUUAAUGUUUUUGUUCUUAUUUUUAUGUCCCGUAUUGAAUUUUUUUAUCUGCUGUGUUGUAUGAAUCUACUGUAACUUACAUUGUGUUUUGCUAAAUGAUAUUCUGUGUAAAUUCGGUUUUUUUACAUACAAUUUUUUUGUAUUCAGUAAAAGCAUGUAUCUUGUUAACAAAUGGAAGGGUAUUUUUAAUAAAAUAUUUCAAAAGA